AGCGGAAGUGUUGGCGGUGAGUCUGGAGUUUCGGGUGGGAAUGAUUCGGGUUGGACACGGGACUGGGAUCCGGGGAGCGGCCCGGAGGCUUCUGCAUCUCUCCCGGGCCAGGCUGUCAGGAGAACCGGUGACUGGGGAGGGAGACAGGAAGGCUGCUCUGGACCUGACCCUGCUCCCGUACCUGGUGUGUCCCCUGUCCAGAAAGCAGCUCAGGUAUGAUGAAUCCUCCAAUCAGCUGAUCAAUGAUGAGUUGGGAAUAGCCUAUCCUGUUGUCGAUGGAAUUCCCAACAUGAUCCCUCAGGAUGCAAAGUUAAUUCGCAAGAGUGAAGACAGACCCAAGGAGGAAGAACUUUCACAGCAGUAAACGGAUCACACAUUGCUUCUGGAAUAUCUGGAAGUGGUGGGGAACUCUGGAAGUUUGAGAUUAUUUUAAAGGGAGGGAGUUUAUCUUGUAUGUGAGAUAAUGACAAUCCAUCUGUCAACUCUGACAGUGCUGGUUCCCCUGUUCUCUUUAGCUGGGCUGUUGUACUCAGCUACAUUUGACAAGGAUUUUCCACAGGGCUGCACUAGUAUGGCCAGCUUGUGUUUCUACAGCCUACUACUCCCCAUUACUAUCCCAGUGUUUGUAUUCUUUCACCUAUGGAGCUGGAUGGGGAUUAAACUUUUCAGGCAUAACUAAUUUGAGUUUAAAAGCUAUUGCAUGUGAUGAUGUUGGUGGUGACCUGAUGGCAUCAACCCCUCAAGUGAAAUUUAGUUUCAGUAACAAGGUUUUUUCAUUGGCUUGGAAGUAUUUAGAAUCUUGAGUUUAUUAUUGGUGGAAAGUGGCACCGUUUUGGUUAACUUCCUUACACACAAAAUGCUAGGCAUUCACUUUUGCCUCAUCAUGGUACAUUUUCUGGUAAUGUUCAGUUCCAUUGGCUUCAUUCCCAGUGACUGCAGUGCAGGAAACAUUAACAGGCAGUCCAUUUAAACCAGUUCAAUAUGGAUUUCUGUCUUGGAGAAACAGCUUAACCAAAGUCACGUCAAAUUCCACCACAAUGUCAGGUGCAAAUAAACUAUGGAAAUUCAUUAUAACAAAUGGUUUAAUUUUGGUGCUUUUGACCUUGCAUUCUAAGACACUUGCUGUUUGCCUGGGUAUUUAGCCACACUUGUGGUCUGUAUUUGAGCUUCCUUGCUCUGUAUUCUAUUACUUUCAGACGUUGCUUGGUAGGUAGUACAAUGAUCUCUUGAUUCAGAAGGUUGUAGUUCAAGUUCCGUUUGCUGAUGCUCCAGCGUAGUACAGAGGAAGUAUCGCAUUGUCAAAAGUGCUCUCUCUUAAAUGUUAACCAAGGCCCUGUCUGCCCCCUUGGGUAGAAGUAAAAUCUUCCAUGGUGCUAUUUAAAAGAAAAGGGGAGUUUUCAUUGGCUAUCUGACUAAUGUCUAUCCUUCAAGCAACAAUGUUUGAAAAAAAAAAGUUAUCUGGCAAAUAUCAUAUUGAUGUUUGUGGGAACUUCCUGGGCAUAUGUUGGCUGUCACAUUUCCAAUGUUUCAACCAUGACUACACUUCAAAAGGUACUUCAGAAUGGCCCAAAGUGUAUUAUAAUUAAUGAAGUACCUUAUGAGGGGGAAGUAACAAAGUGCUGGAGAAAGCCUGGCAGCAGCUGUGGAGGAAGAAACAGAGCUAACAUUUCAAGUACAGUAUGACUCUUCCUGCACUUGCAGUAUUUUGCUUUUAUUAGAACAAGUAGCCCUUUCUUUACUGAAUUUUCUUCAGAAGAAGCCAGGCACAGAAUAGGCUAGAGUCACUCUGGGGCAGAAGUUGCUGAAAACUUGUUACAACCAUGGAAUGAUCCUUCAUUGUAAACUAAGUUACUGGUAAUGAGCAGUUCUAGUCCUCUACAUGUUGAAAGCAGAUGAUUAUUUCCAUAUCAUGCAGUUUGAGUUAUCUUAAAUAAAGCAAUUUGAAGCAAA